AUGGUGCGCUGGAUCUCGAACGCCGGCCCGGUGGGGAUCCCGCUCACGCUGCAGACGAUCCGCGACCACGUCGCGGUCAUCGUACGUGACUUGGGAAAGCCGCCGACUUUCCGCUGUUCCGUGGGAUGGGUGCGUCGCGCUUUGCGCCGCAAUGGCAUUCGGUGCCACAGCGCUGCUGGGGAAGCCGCGGAUCAGGACAUGGCUGCGGUCCGCACUUGCAAGGAGAAGCUCCCGCAGCUUCUCCUCUACCUCUCUGUCUCCCCGCGCGACGUGUACAACUUCGACGAGACCGCCCUGUUCCUUUCGGUGUUGCCCCGGAAGACGUACGGGCGUACACGGGUGGCGGGUCGCAAAAUUCCAAAGGAGCGCCUCACGGUCGGGCUUCUCGUGAACGCGGACGGGAGCCACGCGUUCCGCCCGCUCGUGAUCUCGAAGUCGAAGCGGCCCCAUGAUUUCCGCCCCGACUUUGACCCCGAGCCACUGUGCUACUGGCGCCACAAUAAGAAGGGCUGGAUGACCGCCCCGCUUUUCACGCUCUUCAUGGAGCAACUGAACGCGGCCAUGGUGGCCGAAGAACGCCACAUCGUUAUCCUGCUUGACAACGCCUCGAGUCACGUGCUCAAGACCGAGGAUGCCGAGACCGAGGACUUGUUCGGCUUCCGCACGCAGUCGCUGAGCAACCUCCGCCUGGUGUUCCUUCCGCCGAACACCACCGCUUUCACUCAGCCGCUGGACCAGGGCCUCAUCGCCAUGACGAAGGCCCGGUACAGGCAGCAUUGGCUCGAGGCCGUCGUCGAAAGGUGGGUGGAGGGCGGCGCCACCGCGAAUUUCGCGCGCUACAAGCCGAACCUCCGCGACGUCCUGGCGUCGCUGCUGGACGCCUGGAUGAACAUCGGCCCGCGCACGAUUCAGAGGUGCUGGUGGCGGACGGAGUGCCUCCCCCUCGCGUGGGCUCUGUCUCUGUCCCACGUCGGCGCCGCAGGCCUGACUCCUGGUGGGCGCGGCGUUGCACCGCUCGACAUCGAUCUCGAUGAGGAGAUCGGUGACGUCGGGAUUCUCAUAGACCGACUUGCUCUCGGGCCGAGCGCGAUGCCGGCCGCCGACUUCGUCGCAAUCGACGCGGGGCAGCCGACAUGCGCCGAGCCUGGGGAGGACCCUUUGGCCGAGGAGCCUGCGACGGCGUACUCGGCUGCCUCGCUGUCCGAGAUCCCGGAUGCCGUGCGCCCUCGUCCUCGCGGGCGCGUCCUCCCUGCGUGGAUGACGGCGCCAUCCCCUCGCCAGGCUCUCAUUGAUGCUGGCGCGCCUGCCGUCAUGGACGGCUUCAUGGAUGCGGCGGAGUGGGUGCGUCUGUGA